GUUUAUGAAGAAGGUAGCAGCAGAUCGGUUUUAAGUAGCUAAAUAUAUAAGGAGACCUUCUGUUUCAUGUUAAGUUAUUUGAACAAAAAAUGAAAUUGUAUUUAAUUGGUUUCUUCGUGUUCAACCUUAUGUUGAAGAUCCAUGGAGAUCAUUUUCGUGGAGGAACAAUAUCCUGGAUACCUACAGGAGUUGGCAAUGAGGUGCGGUUCAGUGCAAAGCUGGGCUGGGCUGCAGGCCGGUUUUGUGAUUCCAGUCUCAAAGCAACAACAACCUCCGAAGCCUCAUGGGUAUGCACUUCCGGUUGCUCAUCAAAAAAUAUCGUCAACGGCAAGCAAUCCGGAUACGUUUGCACCGGAUACAGCAGCACUCAAAACUGGGAGAGGACAGAAGGCGAAUUUAGCUACUCAUUUCCUGGAGUCGGGCCUUUUGUAGUAGAGUUUAGUUCUGGGGAUUGGAUCUCACAAGUAGCAUAUAUGGGAUUAUGGACUUUGCAGACCACUGUAAAUCUAGGGCAGCGUUCCGACACAGGAGCCGCGAACAUCAGUCCCGUUGUGAUAUCUAAACCAGUGUACUACGUAAAGUUCGGUUGCGUUGGCGAGAUAAAACUGCCGACCUCGGAUGCCGAUGGCGAUAGUGUCAGCUGUAGAUUGUCUGCUGGAAACGAGUGCGCAAGUAUUUGCGGACAGAUUCCAGCGAGUGCGAUUGACCAGGCCACGUGUACAUUGAAGAUCAACGCCAAUGUACUGGGCCAGUAUUACGGUGUUGCACUAACCAUCGAGGACAGGCCGGUCAAGAACAUAACCAUCGGCGGUAUACCGUACACGCCGAAUAACGUUAUAUCAUCUAUUCCUAUGCAGUUUGUAGUUAUUACGACAUCAUUGCCGCACAGAUUAUGUACAGACAAGCCGGUGUUCGUGGACCCAACACCACCAGUGACGGACGUACAAGUGGUUCUCCUAGGCGAUACCAUGGUCCUCAGUUUCUAUGCAACAUCUCGUGAAACGAGCAUCACGUCAUUUACGCUUAUCGAUCCUCCGAAAAACGUUGUCAAGUCGUCUUUGAUGAACGACCCACGACAAGACAUCUAUUACACGACCGUAUCGUGGAGACCACAGUGGGCAGAUAUCGGCACACAUACUAUAUGCAUUGAAGCAACAGACUUGUUUCUAAUUAGCAGCCAGCAUUGUUUAACAGUAGCAGUAGUGGCGAUUGACCCAUGUCGAAGCGCACCAUGUCAACACAAGGGCACUUGCAUCAGGCAGGGUUCAACUGACGUCUUUACUUGCACGUGUGCACCAGGUUAUACGGGGAAUCUUUGCCAAACGAACAUAGAUGAGUGUGCCAGUGGACCAUGCCUGAACAACGGCACGUGCAUCGACCUCGUUAAUGGGUUUAUAUGCGACUGUGACGUUGGGUACACGGGAGUCACGUGUCCGAUUGAUAUCGACGAAUGCGCGUUGCGCCCUUGUGAGCACGCUGGCACGUGCACAGACCACGUGGGCUGGUCGGAAUGCCUUUGUCACCCUGGGUAUCUUGGUGGCGUCUGCCAAAUAGAUGUCAACGAAUGUGCAAGUGACCCUUGUCAAAACAAUGCGACAUGCUUUGAUCUGGUUAACGAAUUUUUCUGCGGUUGUCAUCUUGGAUACACCGGUGAUAUGUGUGAAAUAGAUAUAAAUGAAUGCUCGCCGCGUCCAUGUCAGAACGGUGGGACAUGCUUAGAUCACGUGGGAUGGGCGGAAUGCGUUUGCAAUCCGGGGUAUUCUAGAGAGGUCUGUCAACUAGACCAACAUCCUUGCUCCUCGGCGCCUUGUUUGAACGAUGGAGCAUGUAGUUUCGAUGCUACCAUAGGCUACACGUGUCACUGUACACAAGGCUGGAUGGGACGGAAUUGCGCGUAUAGAUUUGAAAAUGAUACAUUCUAUGUUGGGAACCAAUCGGAUAUUAUGUCGCCGUACAUGCAUUACUCUGAUUGCGAUUGCAUAGUGGGCGACAGACGACAGGAGAGGUGUUACAAGUACACACGCGGAAAACACGCAGGAUAUGGUUUCCUGUCCGUCCUUCUUGGCAUCCUAACAUCCUUUGCACUCUAUUUGCUUUUCAAGUACUGUUUGAGCAAGCCUUUGUACUGGCGUUCCCUAACAGGAAAGGACAUACGGACCACCACACCAGAGUAUCCCGUACCUGAAAACAAGGUUACCCCAACUGAGGACCCUGUCCCUGAAUCUAAAGUUGAGCCCGACCGUCUUGAAGCACCCACCAUACGGAAACACCACUGCUGGGCGUGUGAGGUGAAAUACAGCCAGGCGCCAGUGCCAAUGUACUACCGAAGAGAGAAGAGGAAUUAUACAACUGAUUGCAAGAAGGAGAUGCCCUGAAAUAUCACAACAAUGUGUUAGGUGUAAAAAUGAUAAAUAUGUAUUUAACCUUAAAAAAAUAACGGCCACCAAAACUAAAAAUUUUAACAAAACAUUUUGCAAACUCACUAUUAUCCACAAAUCUUUUAGAUAAUGACAAAGUAAUCAAUAAAGUGAUAUAAUGUGAUGUAUUAUGUAGUCACCUUUUAUUUAAAUUGAAGCAUAUACGUGAGUUAAAAAAAAUAAAGUAAGUGUUUCUACAACAGUCAUCAUU